UCUCUGUUUCAAUUUCAAUGGCUGGAGAUCUGUUAUACGCCAAAACGCAGCGUAUCAUCCUCCUCAUAGAUCUCAAUCCGCUUCUACUCUCACCCGAUUCGAAUCAAUACCUAGCCGUCGUAAUCUCCGCUGCCGAGAAGCUCCUCUCGUUUCCUCCUCUCUCCGCUUCUCUCUUCUCUUUCAAGUUCUUCAUCUCUUCUUUAUCUUCUCUCUUAUCCUCCUCGAAGCUCUCUGCACUCUCAAUUCCAUCUUCCAAACUCUCGUUUGACCUCCCUACCCCUACACUCGUCUCUCUCAGACGCGCCAUCGACGCCGUUAAGCGAUGCGAACUCCGAUCGCCUUCCACGUCAACAUCGCCUCGUGGGGUCAAUGUCGCGGCGUCUUUGCGACAGAUCGUUUACGAUUACGCUUGGGAGCCUGUGGUUCGAGGUUUGAUUCCUGGAUUUACGGAUGGUGGAGGAGUCGAUGUCGUUAGGUCGAAUCUAGUCGUGAUGUUUUCCCCAAUUUCUAGGGAUUUGAAAUGGGUUUCUGAGUUUCUUGAUGUUAAGAGUAACGAUGAGUGUUUGCACGAGUUGGGUUUGUUCAAGUCAAAGUUUGGGGAGGUUUUUGAUUGUGUGAACGACUUGUUUGACGAUAGAGAUAUUCACUUGAGCUGGAUUGAUGUUAGCUUUGGUGAAAGACGCGAACUAGGAUUGAAGUCUGAGUUUUUCGAUAGUGGAGUUAGAGGAUUGGGUUGGGGACAUUGCUCUACGGAUUCGUUGGUUUAUGGUUCUUUAAUCGUUCCCUUUGGAUUGAUAUACCCAACACUCGGUGUUUCGCCAAUGCUAUCUACUAGCCACAAGUUUACUGUUCAGGCCAGUCUCGAGAUUGCUGAUAUUGAUGGUAAGCCAAUGGAAUGCAAGUGCGGCGAGCUAGAGUUUUCUUCUUCUGAAAUAUCUAGUGGGAAGAGGUGUGAUGAGUUCAUCAACUUGGGUAGUGCAUCUGAGGAACCUUGUUCAGAAUCUCUAAUUGGAGAGUUCUGCAAUGGAGUCACCAAAGUCAGUAUUAAAGCCUUGAGGAUGUGUGAUGAUUUUGUCGAACUUGAGGGCUAUACUUGUGAUUCUUUUGUUGUUCAUCAAGUCUCCCAGGAAUCAGACAAAAAGCAGGAGCAGGAGAGUGGAUUCUGGGCUGAUCGGGUUCUUCAGAUACUAGAGAAGGAGACGGGUGAGAAAGUAGCGAAGAAGUCAUCGCCCAUUUGGCAGAUCUUAUUAAGUUAUCUCUACAGGGAAGGUUACUCAGCUUUGGUAUCUCUUAGGAAUAGAAAAGGUGGUUCUCGGACAGGAAUCCUCAAGCCCUUCACUUUCUCCUCGGCUUUAAUCUGUGUUUUUAACAGUGAAGUCUCUCCUCAAACUGUGGAUCAUGAAGAUAGCAGUAAGAAAGUUAGUUGUAGCGAAAAUAAAAGAAAACCAAGCAAAAAGAUUCUGAAUUCAUUUCAUGACAUUUGCUGGGAGGAGUUCUGCACAUCAGUGAAAGGUUAUGGUCAAAUAGAUAUAGAGGAUGCAUAUUUUUCCAAGUUAAGCAACUCGAAGAAAUUUAAGUUUCUGAAAUGUUGGAUGAAACAGACUAGGAAACCCAGAGGUUGCAGUUUGUCGAUGGGUAGUAAUUGCGAUGCACAGGAGGAUGUGCAAGCAGAUCCAGAUGACAAAAAUCAUAACUCAUCCGAAGGGAUAGAAAAGACUACCUCCUUACCUGUAUCUGAGGAGGACAUUGCUUUAAGUGGAAAUCGUAUAUCCGUAAGGCAGGAGAAUGAUAUAUCUGUUAUAGCAUCAGAGUCAUCGGAUAUUUUCUUUGCUAGUCUUCCUAGUAAAAUUAAGCAAGGGAUCGAGUCUGAGGAAAUAGACUUGGCAGCUCUGGCCGAGCGCCUGGUCAAGUCCUGUCUCCUCCAUUCUUCCCAAAGACUUGAGAAGGAUUUUAGCUGUGAGAGUGGAAGCCUCUUGUUGGUGACUGAGGAGCUAACCAAGAUGUUACUGAAAGAACCGAAAGAUUUAGUUGCCAAGUUUAAGAAGAAACAUUUAUCAUCCACGGCAAGCGAGCAAAAGUCUGAUGAAGCUUCACCCAGUAGCAUCAUUAGAGAAUACGAGCUGCAGAUUCUAUUCCGAAUGGAGAUUUUAAAAUCAGAGAUAGGUUUGGGAAGUGAGGAGUCUGUGACUCAGAAGUUUGCAAAACAGAUUUGCAUGCUUCUUGAGGCCAUCCAGUGCAAGUUAGACGGUGGAUUCUUUAGUGAUUGGAGCCUUGAUAAGUAUGUGGACAAAAUUAUUAAAGAUAGGUAUCAACAUAUUCUUGGAGAAGCUGUCAGCAUAAUUUAUACAGAGAUGGAUCUGCUUAUGUUCAGUGACGAGGAUCUUGAAGAUAGUUUCAUGAACAAUGAAGACAGUAGUCAAUCAGGGAGAGAUAACAUUCAUAGCAAUAUCAAGAGUCAUCAUCGUGGCCAGAGACGUAAAGAUGUUCCCGGUUCGAGUAAGAAGAACUAUUUGAAGAAAGAGACCAGGGAGUGCAGAGAAGCUAAGAAAGUGGUUGAAGCACAAGAAAGGAGGGAGAGGGCAAGAAGAUUCUCGAGUUUCACAAGUUGGAUGCCUGAUCUUUGUAGAGUUUGGGCACCGAAACAAGCGAAGAACUCUAGAGACAAAGCGGAUCAGCAAAAGAGAAUGGCCAAAAGGAAGAAAGAAGAAAGGUCAGUGGAAUAUGACAGAGUCUGUGAGACACCAGUGACGACAACAGAUAACAAACGAACACGAACUGAUGAGAAAGAUGAACACGAGGGUGGGUCUUUGCCUCGUAGUUCAGUACCAAAGGCUUUGUUUCAAGAUGAUUCUUAGGUAAACUCUUUCCCCUUUGUAAUCUUAAAGACUUUAAACUGGAAGUAAGGACUACAUUGAAGUUCCACUGAUAAUGAAAUGGAAGCUUGAAUUAAAAGGGGAAAUGGGAAUAUGGAAUGAUGAUCAUUAAGAAAUGGGAUUGGGCAGAGUUGUUGUAUAUGUUAGAAGUUUGUGUAGUAAACAGGACCAAAUA